AUGGCGCCCGCAAACACUGGUGCGAAGAAGCAGAAGAAGAAGUGGUCGAAGGGCAAGGUCAAGGACAAGGCCCAGCACGCCGUCAUCCUCGACAAGUCCACUUCCGAGAAGCUGUACAAGGAUGUGCAGUCCUACCGCCUCGUCACCGUUGCCACCCUCGUCGACAGACUUAAGAUCAACGGUUCCCUGGCACGGAAGUGCCUGAAGGAUCUUGAGGAGAAGGGCCAGAUCAAGCAGGUCGUCAGCCACAGCAAGAUGAAGAUCUACACUCGCGCCGUUGGUGGCACUGACUAA